GCGCCGCGCACACACAGGCAAACAAACAUAUGGCUGGCUCGGGCAGUCGGUGCGGGCGUGUUCAGAAUCCCCCUCGCAGGUGCAUGUUUCAGAGAUGAGCUGAAGUCGCAAAAAUACGGCCGAGUGGAUUUCACACAGCCGGUUCCACCGGCUGAUUUGGUGGGAAACUUCUCGGCGGAUUUACGCUCGACUCGGUGACCAUCGGCAGCACUUUGUCGGGAACCAAAAAGACAGGAGGACUCGUUAAACGCGCAGGACCACAUCUGGGGAAAAUAUUUAAGCCAGUAAAUGCACCUCUGAUCUCAAACGAGCUUUUUUUUUUUUCUCUCCCCUCCUGCAAGCCGAUAACCAGGAGCGACGGCGCGAGUGAUCCCACGCACCAGAGGUUUCCACCAUGAACCAAACCGCAGGAGCCACGAAUGCGUAUCGCAGAUGCUCCAAGGGAGGAAAGGAGCUGGUGGGCAGUAACCCUCCGCAGAGGAACUGGAAGGGAAUAGCGAUCGCCCUUCUUGUCAUUCUGGUCAUCUGUUCGCUGAUCGUCACCUCCGUCAUCCUGUUGACACCAGGUGAAGAUGACCGUCUGGCUCUUAAGGGCAAGGUGACUGUUGGAGACCUCUUCAGGAAAGACUUCAAGGUUCAUGACCCCAACGCCAAAUGGAUAAGCAGUAAUGAGCUAUUGUACCGUAGUCGUGAUGGCGAUGUCGUCAAGUUCAACGUUGAUGCUGAUGAAAAGACCAUCUUGGUUCAUAACAAGAAGUUUGAAAUGUAUAAAGCCAGCAAGUAUGAGGUGUCUCCUGACAUGAAGCAUGUGCUCCUGGCCUACAACGUUGCACCGGUGUACCAGUAUUCCUACACAGCCUUCUACAUCAUCUGCAGCCUGGAGACUCCGGAGACGUGGAACCUGAACCCCCCCGAGGUGCGAAAUGCUCAGCUGCAGUACGCGGGCUGGGGACCCCAGGGUCAGCAACUGAUCUUCAUUUUUGAGAACAACAUCUACUAUCGCUCUACAGUGGAGAGCCGCUCCAUCCGUCUGGUGUCCACCGGCAAGGAGGGCGUCAUCUUCAACGGGCUCAGUGAUUGGCUCUAUGAAGAGGAGAUUUUCCGGUCCCACGUUGCCCAUUGGUGGUCUCCGGAUGGCGCGAGGUUAGCAUAUGCCACGAUCAACGACACCCUGGUGCCCAGGAUGGAACUGCCCAUGUUCACGGGCACGCCUUACCCAAUGGGGAAAGAGUACCACUACCCUAAGGCCGGUGAGGAGAACCCAGUCAUCACUCUGUACGUCGUGAACCUCAACGGCCCCCUUCACACCAUCGAGAUGAGAAGACCCGACGACCCCAGGAUAGGUGAAUACUACGUGACCAUGGUGAAAUGGGCCACCACCACCAAACUGGCCAUCAACUGGCUGAACAGAGCCCAGAACAUCUCUAUACUCACCCUGUGCGAGGCCACGACGGGAGUCUGCACUAAGAAACACGAGGAUGAAAGUGAAGGAUGGCUGCACAGACAGAAUGAGCGGCCUCUGUUUUCCAAAGAUGGGCUCAAGCUGUUCUUCACUCGGGCCAUCCCUCAAGGAGGCAGGGGCAAGUUCUUCCACAUCUCCAUGUCCAUCUCCCAGCCCAACACCAGCACGGACACGCUGCAGUCCAUCACCUCUGGAGACUGGGAUGUCACCCAAGUCCUGGCCUACAAUGAGGACAGCCAGCUGAUCUACUUCUUGAGCACCGAGGACGGUCCGAAGCGGAGGCAUCUGUACAGUGCGGACACGUUUGGUUCGUUCAACCGUCGCUGCCUGUCCUGCGCCUUGUCCGACAGCUGCGGCUACAUAAGAGGCUCCUUCAGCCACAACAUGAGUUAUUUCCUGCUCAAAUGCCAAGGCCCAGACAUCCCGUUUGUGGCCGUUUACAAGACACAGCGAGACCUCGAAAGCGAGACCCAAGACCGAGAAAGUAUUGCAGAAGUGUAUAAACUGGAGAGCAACGAGAACCUGAGGCUGACCCUGGACUCCAUGCAGAUGCCCACAGCGGAGUACAAGGAGAUCAGCAUGGAUGACUACACCUUGUCGAUGCAGAUCCUCAAACCCGCAGGCUUCCUCGACACUUCGCACUACCCGCUGCUCCUGGUCGUCGAUGGGACACCUGGUGGUCAGAUGGUGUCGGAGCAGUUUCACGUGGACUGGGCCACGGUGCUGGUGAGCAGCUUCGGCGCCAUCGUGGUGCGCUGCGACGGCCGAGGCAGCGGCUUCCAGGGCACCAACCUGCUGCACCGGAUCCAGAAGAAACUGGGCGUGUUCGAGGAACAGGAUCAGAAGGAUGCACUCAAUUUUAUUCUGAAAGAGCCCUACGUCGACAAAACCAGAGUUGGAGCUUUUGGACAGGUCUAUGGCGGCUACGUGACCAGCUUGUUGGUCAGCGGCGAGGAGUCCCCUAUAAAAUGCGGCGCUGUCCUGUCACCCAUCACCGACUUUGAAUUAUACGCCUCUGCAUUUUCAGAGAGAUAUCUUGGACUGCCAAAGCCUGAUCCGAGGGCGUACACAAUGGCAAAUUUGGCACACAGAGCAUCCCAGUUUAUGGACAAGAAGUUUCUUAUUAUCCAUCCAACAGCUGAUGAAAAAGUUCACUUCCAACAUACAGCGAAAUUCAUCGCGCAGCUCAUCAAUGAAAAGGCCAACUACACCUUACAGAUCUACCCGGAUGAGGGCCACUUCGCUCACAGCGACGCGACAAGGCAGCACCUCAGUCAGUCCCUGGUGAACUUCUUCGAGGAGUGCUUCAGGCUACCGGAGAGAGUGUUUGAGGAGGCCCUGGAAGAAGAGAGCGAGGACGAGGGUUAGCUUGGCCCUGUAGGGCUCUGCCUGCGCCCCGAAUCCUCCCCACCCCUACAGUCAUCUACCACAACACUGCCAUCCAAUAGUCCACAAUAUGCAACUCUCAUCCGCUCUCUCCAUUUGUUUUGGUUUGCAUUUGGACUCCCUCCGUGUCCGCAUGCUGACCCUGAGACUGCCCUCCAAGCAGACGACGGAUCUGCUCCCCCGUCCAUCCUCUGCCCCUGAGUUUGAAUCCAAAAGGCCCUCCAGAGAGCCAACAAAUACUGAUGACCUGACACGAUGUUUUUGGAAUAUACUGAUCGGUCUAAGCAGGUUGCAGUCGCCCUUCGCCGCAGGAUGGACCAGCUCUCACACAGACUAUCAAGCUGUGAGGAGAAGGAACACCUUAUAGCACAUAACUCGUGGGCUUGUGUAUCAGUGAAAAUCAGACGCCUGGUGAAAAAACGCUGGUUGGCAGUGUUUCCAAAGGAUGUCUGGAAUUGUGUGGAUACAGGAAAUGUUCCUAUUUUUAAAGUUGUGAAGAACUUUCCAUGUUGGACUGUGGUUGUGUCUUGUUUGUUCUUACAGUAUGUAAAAUAGCACACAAACAUUCACCCAGCUAUUACAGAUAUUUCUUUUGGUAUUCAUGUUUGCCCUGUUUUUGGUGUCAUCACGUAGCCUCAUGUAUUUCAGUGAUGCUGACAGAAUUUUCUAGCUGGAAAAAAAAAAAAAAAAAGCCAUGGGUUUAUUAAUGUUCAUUUUAUUGUGAUGCUCUGGUUUUAGCACAGUCUUCAAAGACAGAAGCAUUAAUUUGUUUUAGUCUGUGCCUUACUUUGUCCGAAAACAUCCUGCUGUGGGACUGCAUUUACGAACAAGUCUAAUUUUAUAGGAAUAUACUUAUACGCAAAUUGGUACCGCCCUCAUAUCUGUCCGAUAAAUAGGAAGCUACGGCCACCAGCCAAAUAGUUCCUCUGAUGCUUACUAUUAGCAUGAUAAACUUGUUUAUUCCAUAAACCAAAUUGUUAAAAAAAAAAAUAAUAAUAAUAAAAAAUGCAAGUUCUGGUUUAAUACGGGGUUAUGACCUCUACGUCCUGUGGUUGCCAGAGCUGCUAGUAGACAGAUUAUCUUCCGUCCUGAACAGAGCCAGGCUAGCUGGUUUUCACCCGCUUUCCGGGCUUUAUGCUAAGAUAAGCUAAUCCUCUCCUGGCUGUAAUUGAAUUUUCAACAGACGGUGUCAGUCUUUUCACCUAAUGCUCGACCAGUAAAGUGAGUAAGCAUAUUUCCCACUAAGUUAAAAGCGCUAGCUUCAACAGCUGACACUCGAUUCGGAAACCGUGAAGGGACUUUGAAGUUUCACAGAAAAAAAAACAAAAAAAACAAAAAACAAAAUGACCAUUCUCCAGAACUAGGUCCAAUGCCAUCUUUACACAAAGCUAAAAUGUACAGUGUCUGCAUGCAUCAUUGCUUUUAAGAUGUUUAAGAACGGUAGGUGAAGAAAAUGUAUAACCAGUGCAGACACCACAGUGUUAUUCAAAGUGCUGUGUCGUUCUUGGGCUUAAAUCAGCGAAAUACAUUGUACAAGCCUGAAGGCAGGAAGCCAUCAGGAGUAGCGUUACAUCCCGAGAAAUUAUGCAUUUGGAUAUAAGGGAAAACGUGGUGUUAGCUUCAGAGUCCAAGUCGUGCAAAUAUAUAACACAAAAUGAUGAAUUCCAGAGGCAAAAGUUUAGUUUUCCAUGUUUCUAUUUUAUUUGAAUGGCCAUUUGUCUUACGUUUUAGUGCAUGUUAAGAAGUUAUUUGCAGCACUAUCCCUGAUCAGUUCCACAUGGUAAUUUUGACAUCUUGAAUGUUCCUUACUGGAUUACAUAAAUUACAUUUCCAGUAGUAUUGUGAUUGAGAACCCAGUUUCGUCAGCUUGAUGUGUAAAUGUUAUUCAAAUAUAAUUUUAUUCUAAAAAGAAAAAAGAAACAAUAUUACCUGAGUGUUAUUUGUGCAUAAAGCAUUUUGGAAGUUACAUUUGACUAUUCAUUCUGUUCUCCUGUUGCUGUCCUUGAACUGAGUUGAAAGUGGACUUUAUAAAUGCCAAUGGCAACACUGAACUUUCUUGCCAGUGGUUGAGGACUUUUUCAAGACGCUCAACUUUGUUAUCCAAAGCAUAGACGGAAAUUAAUGGC